AUUUCUGUUCCAGAUGUUGGUCCACACUUACUCCGCGAUGGAGCGCGCGGACGGGCUCACCGGUUCCUCGCCAAGCGGCCGCCUCUCUCAGCUGUCUUCCCUCAAUCAGGCCGCCUACUCCACGGCACCCCCGUUGUGUCACACCCCCGCAUCCGACUUCCAACCGCCGUACUUCCCACCUCCAUAUCCACAGUCCUCGCUGUCCUUCUCACAGAGCCAGGAGUCGUCGUAUCCGCACCUCCCCGAGCCCUACAACUCCAUCAGCUCGCUUCACCAGCAACAGGCCGUGUGGCACUCGCAGCGGUCACGGUCAGAGGAGAACGCCCUGCUGUCGCAGUCCCAACGUGCACUGAGCCUCGACCAUCGGCGGGAGUACCCAGGGGUCCCGCGGCUGCUCCAUGGACUGGGCGAGGGCGCGGCGGCACUGGGGGAGAGUCCUCUCGGGAUGCACGCAGGGCACCACGGGCUGGAAGAGAUGCAGGCAAUGGAGGAAGCAUCGGCACUUGGCGUUUUGGACCAUUCUGUCAUAAAGAAAGUACCCAUCCCUUCUAAGCUGAACGGCCACACGUUGUCGGCCCUGGCCCUGGGCAAGGAUGGUCUGUCUCUGGGUGGGGUCUCCAACCCGGUCGAGGUCUUCUGCACCGUGCCCGGCCGCCUGUCACUACUCAGCUCCACCUCCAAGUACAAGGUGACUGUGGGGGAGGUGCAGAGGCGUUUGGCCCCGCCCGAGUGCCUCAACGCAUCACUACUGGGAGGAGUCUUGCGCAGGGCCAAAUCCAAGAAUGGCGGGCGCUGCCUGAGGGAACGGCUGGAGAAGAUCGGCCUAAACCUGCCAGCCGGCCGACGCAAAGCAGCUAACGUCACCCUCCUCACAUCACUCGUGGAGGGUGAGGCGGUUCACCUGGCUCGAGACUUUGGCUAUGUGUGCGAGACUGAGUUUCCCGCCAGAGCCACGGCAGAGUACCUGUGUCGCCAUAACAACCCAGAACAGAUGCCAUCCAGGAGGAGCAUGCUGAUGGCCACCAAGGAGGUGUGCAAGGAGUUUGUGGAGCUGAUGUCCCAGGACCGCUCCCCGCUAGGGGGAAGCCGGCCGGUGCCGUGCCUGGAGGCGGGCGUGCAGAGCAGCCUCACCCACUUCAGCCUGCUCACCCACGGUUUCGGAGGACCCGCCAUCUGCGCCGCGCUCACCGCCUUCCAGAGCUACCUGCAGGAGGCGCUCAAGGUGCUGGACAAGAGCGAAGGAGGAGGAGGACGGGGACAUGAGAAGGAGCUCAAGCAUCGCAAGUAG